AUGCUUAUUCAAGGUUAGAUGUUCCUUUGAAGCCGAGAGACGUUUUGUUGCAGGUAAACAAAAAUUACAUAGCCUACUGUGAUGUUCCGUCCUUUUUCACAUUUAUAAGUAAAAUCGUCUUUUUAUCUCCAUGACAAUAACGCGCUAGGCUUUCUGAUUUUGUCUCGCAUCACUAUAGUCUGCACUCUGCAGGCAGGCUGCUGUAUGGACCGGCUGCACGCGAGUCUGAGGAUCACCAGUUGCCUCACGGUUAAAAUCAUUUUACAUUAAUAUUAAAAUAAAUAAAUGACAUUAAAAAUCUAAGUUAUCACUUUGGUAAUCUAAAAUACGUUUCGGAUGUAACUGUAAUCUGAUUACCACCCAUUUAAAAUGUAACUAUAACGAAAUACAGUUACUCAUAUUUUGUAUUUUAAAUAUGUAACGACGUUACAUGUAUUUCGUUACUCCCCAGCCCUGGAUAUACUGUGUGAAACAUGUACAUGAGGUGUUGUCUAUUAGAUAAUCUGAAUAAGAGUAGCCCUGCCUUCUUCCUUGUUCUAACCGCUUCUUAUUUUCCUGUCGUGGUUUUCAGUGGCUACUUUUCACACUGAGAUGACAGUUGAUUUAAGUGUAAUAAAAAGCAUCAUAUAAAUAAUGUCUACAUGUAGAAAUCUAGAUCAAGAAAUCUAAUUCCUGACUUACGAUGCCUGGAUGUUACAUUCACGUUUGGCUGUUUUUCUUUGCUGUUUUGGGCAACGAGAGAAACUGAAGUCAAAGAAGUGAAGACGGGCUUAUACAGUCGUGUUGAGCUCACUGGAGAGGAACUUGAUCAACAUAUUGCUGAUUCUCUGCAGUCAGUGGAAUGGACCAAACAAAACAGAUCAGUAACGUGUCUAUGCUUUAAAAAAAAUACCACAUUAAAAGCUUCAUUCAGUCAAUGCUGUGGAACGGCUCAUUUCUAUUUAAACAAUAACACCCUCAUUCUGGAGAAUGUGACAGCAAAGGAUGAAGGAGUCUUUAAGGAAACUAUAGUUCUAAUAAAUGUAACUAUAAAACACCAAAACUUUACAUUAAUUAUUCAGUACCCUCCAAGUCCAGGAGAAAUUGUGGUCUCCUGGACCUCCAACACAUCUGUGACUCUCAAAUGUGAAGUGAGCGGCUUAUUUCUGCAUCUGAUGUGGAAGAGAGAAGGAGUCCCUAUUCUAGAGAAACACAGACACUCGUUCAGUGAUAAGAACCAAACUCUACACAUCAGCAACAUAACCAGCUCUGAUUACGGCACGUACAGCUGUAUUGCUUCAAAUGCAUAUGGACAAUCAGAAAAGCACACAUAUAUUACUGGUGAGAAAUCAACUGUUUACCAAGAAAAUGGUGCUAAAGAUAAAACUCGGUCUGAUCAGACUGUGCUUUCAAGUGGACUUACACUCACAGGUGUUUUGGGACUGUGCAUCGUCUUCUGCUGUCUUUACAAAUACCAUCACAGGCAAAGAGCAGAAAAAGACAGAACUACAGAUGAAGGGGGCGCAGACAAUGACCUUGGUAUUUAUCAGAAAGUACCUGACACCGAAGAGGUGACUCCUUUACCGUACGUCUACACAGACUUCAUUAAACCGAGAGAGAGCAGUCAAGCCUCCGCUGCCGCGCAACACUUUGAGGACUUUGGUUACUCUGAGGUCGGACCCACAAGCAGAGAAGAAGCGAUCGUUCUGGAGGACUUUGGUUACUCUGAGGUCGGACCCACAAGCAGGGAAGAAACCGCCGUUCUGGGUGAAUGUGUCUCUAAUGAACAGCCCACAGCGUGUCCUGAUGCUGGAGAGGAAUGACAACUGAUAUAAGAGACUACAAAACAUGUUGGAGUGAAACAGCGAAUACUAACACACUUUCAUAUUCACUGAUCUGGUGCAGUGCAACUUAAAAGUGCAACAGAUUUAUAAGCAAGGCUAACGGGUAUAAAAUACAAACAACAACAAAAAAAAACCUUACAACCUGAUCAACCACCACUAGAGAGCAGCAAAAACAGCUGAAACAUACACUCGGAAAAAGGUACAACGCUGUCACUUAACUUUGUACCUUAUUUACCCCUAAAUGGUGCAUAUUUUAGUACCUUAAAUGUACAUAUUAGUAUUUUAAAAGCACGUGUAAGUACAUUUUGAAUGGUUACCGCCUCAGUGUCACCCCCUCCCCCUUUAUUUCUGAGAGUGUAAAGCAGCUCUACCACCUUUCACCAUGACGGUUUCCAAAUAUUACAGAUACAGAAACGAUGGACAGUAGCCUACAUCUUAAAAAUAAUAGUUUCAUGAUUACGAUUACAUUCAAUAAGCAUCAUUCUGAAAAACUGCAACAUGUUACCUCUCUUGCACUUGGCACUGGAUCAUGUGACUUUGAUAACACACUAUGGACUAAUACAAUGACUUCAUUGAGUACUUCAGUGUCUUGCAAUAAGAAACAAUGUUUGAAGUGACAUUUAAGUAUAUGCACACUGUGAGUGGUCAUAAUAGUGACUGUCAUACACAGUGAUUAAAUAAAUGACUUAUGCCUUUCAGAGCAAUUUGGAGCAAAAGUGGUUUGUCUUGCAUGACAAACCUUGUUAAAAGUUCUGUAUAUCAAUUACAACAUGUCAUGGGGUCAGCAGCAGAUUAAUUGAUGACAAAAGGCAAAUCUAGAUGUCUGUAAAGAGGCCAAAAACAGUGCACAAUAAGAGACCAAAACAGGUCAAAGCAUUUGAGAGACAGCUGUUAAUCAUCUAAUGAGAGUGUAAACUAAACCUUUUAUUUAAAUUUUUAUAGAGUACCUUCAUGUCUAAAGCAAUGUCUUUAUUGGGAUUCCUCAAAGCAACCAGGAAUACACACUGCAGUAGGAUGCAAAGAAUAGGUUCCUUUCUUUGUUUUUCCUUCAGAAAAAAGUAAAAUAAAACUAUUUCCUUUUAACACACGUUAAUUUAACUGUAC